GUUCAGGUGUGUGUGUGUGUUUAGGUGUGGUGUUGGCACGGUAACAAGAACAAAGCAGGCGUGGCUGUGUGACUGUGUGUGAGUGUGUGUGAGUGUGUGUCUGCAGAUCAGGGUGUGUCAGUGUGUCAUACCUGCAGGACAUGGUUUUUACACACAGAAAGAAACGUGCCUGCAGGACCAGGACCAGGAUCAGGAUCAGGGUCUACACUAGGUCCAGACUGAGUCCAGACUGGGUCAAGACCGGCUUUAGACUGGGUCCAGACUUGGUCCAGACUGGGUUCAGAUUUGGUCCAGUCUGGGUUCAGAUUUGGUCCAGACUGAGUUCAGACCAGGUCCAGACCAGGACCAGACCAGGACCAGACUAGUUUGUGAGUUUAAUGUUUUCUUCAGUUAGUUUCUGUCCUGGACUCAGGCAGUUGGUUCUGGUUCUGGUUCUGUUCAGCUCUGGCCAUAUUUGAUGUUUCGGCUGAUGAAACAAAGAGCUCUCAGAUUAUUGGAUGGUUUUACUGGUUUGAUGUGAGUUCGUGCAGCUGCAGAGACACAGAGACGUCUUGUGUCCUCACAGACUCUGGACAACACCCAGAGCUGCAGCUCACGUCCUCUGACUCUGUUCCUGAAUCAUUCUGACUAACAGUCAGGGUGCAGCGUGCACAGACCUGACCUGCAGCAGGGCGGGAGGGGACUUUAAAAGCUCCUCUUUGAAGGAACGACAGGAUUUAGUCAGGAUUGAGCCAACAUGAAGAAGAUCAGCUGGAUCUCAGUCUGCGGGCUUCUGGCUGCUGUUUGUGUCCAGACCUCCUUCAGCUUCGGAGGGCGCUGCGAGUGUAACCAGAGGGCCCGGUUCUGCCUGCCGGACCCCUGGGGUCUCCGAUGUGUCGACUGUCAGGGAAACACAGAAGGACGCCACUGCGAGCGCUGCAAGGACGGGUUCUACCUGCAGGGGGCGGGGCCGAGCUGCUCACCCUGCCUCUGUAACCCCACAGGUUCUGUCAGCGCAGCGUGUGACAGCAGGGGGCGCUGCAGCUGCAGAGACAAUGUCUCCGGAGACAAAUGUGAGCGUUGUCCCGACGGGCCUAUUGGACCCAACGGCUGCCCGCACAGGCGGCAGGAAAGAGAGGACUCUGGGAGUUUGACGCUGCCAUGUUUCUGUUAUGGACACAGCCACCGGUGUUCUGCACAGUCUGGUUACUCCGUCCACAACAUCACCUCCACCUUCACUGCAGGUCCGGAGGGUUGGAAGGUGGCGACGGAGGGAGGUGUGACUCCUCAUGACGUUUACUUCCGUUGGUCGCCGAAGCAUCAGGACCUGGAGGUGAUCUCCAAACACAGCCUGCCGACUUACCUGUACGCACCAGAACCUUACCUGGGGAACCAGCUGUUGAGUUACGGUCAGAACUUGUCCUUCUCGUUGCGUCUGGACCGCGGUGUCCGACAUCCGUCCACCAACGACGUGAUCCUGGAGGGCGCCGGUCUGAGAGUCUCCGCCUCUCUGGGGGACCUGAGGGCCACUGUCCCCUGUGGACAGAAGAUCAACUACAGCUUCAGGCUGGACGAGCAGUCUGACAGGAAGUGGAGGCCUCAGCUGUCCUCAGACCAGUUCCAGAAGCUUCUCCAGAACCUCACAGCCAUCAAGGUCCGGGCCACGUUUGGAGAAAACGGUCGUGGUUACCUGGACAACGUGAAGCUGGUGUCGGCGCGGCGUGGAGACGGCGUCCCGGCCCGCUGGGUUCAGACCUGCAGCUGUCCUCGGGGACACGAGGGCCAGUUCUGUGAGGUCUGCUCAGCCGGGUUCAGGAGGAGGGUCCCGGCUGACGGAGCCUUCAGUCCCUGCGAGCCCUGCAGCUGCAGGGGGGGCAGCUGUGACCCACAGACCGGAGACUGUUACUCUGCAGACGAGACCCCCGAAGAGCAGAGCUGCUCCGAGGGGUUCUACAGGGACCGGCGGGGGGGCUGCGUGAGGUGUCCCUGUCCUCAGGGGACGUCCUGCUCGCUGGCUGCUGGUUCUCUGGAGCCUCAGUGUGAAAGUUGUCCACCAGCAACCCUCGGUCCUUACUGUGACGUCUGCCAGGAGGGGUUUUAUGGUGACCCCACAGGGUUCUCAGGCCUGAGGCGUCCCUGCAGACCCUGCAGCUGUAACGGUCACAUCGAUGUCCGCGUGGCCGAAAGCUGUGACCGGAGGACCGGGGACUGUCUCAAGUGUCUCAACAACACCAGAGGACAGUCCUGUGAGUCCUGCCUGACCGGGUUCUACCACAGCCGGCCCACCGAUGCCUGCAAACCCUGCAGCUGUGACCUUCGAGGUUCAGAGUCCGCUCAGUGCAAUGACUCGGGUCAGUGUCGGUGCCGACCGGACUUUGAGGGUCUGAGGUGUCAGCGGUCCAGAUGUCCUGCCUGUUUCAACCCGGUCAAAGCAAAGAUGGAGCUCUCUGAGAACAAACUGAAGGAUCUGGACAAGCUGCUGUCAGAGAUGGACUCAGGUCUGAAACCGGUCAGCAGCUCAGAGAUGGAGGUGGUCCUGAAAGCAGCUGAGGAGACAGUGAGGGGCCUGCAGGACCGAUCCAAGGACCUCACAGCAGGGAUGGAGAAGGUGCUGCAGAGUCGUCUGUCCUCCAUCAGCCGGAGUCAGCUGAUGGAGGGGCAGGAAAUCCAGAACAUGGCUGAAGCAGCCGACAGCAUCAGAGAGCAGCAGCAGAUAUUUCAGAACAAAGUAGCCGAAGUCCAAACGCUGAUCGAUGAGAUGAGACGGCAGCUGGAGGAAGCCAAAACUAAACUCAACGCGAUGGAGCUUCCUCUCAGAGACGCGCCUCCUAGCUGGGACAUGUCCUCUCUGGUGAAGACGGCCACGACUCUGUCUGAUGAACACAAGCUGGAGGCGGACGACGUGCAGCAAGCAGCCAACGAGGCUCUGAGUGACUCCAAGGAGAGUCUGGCUCUGGUCCGAGCUCUGACCAGCAGAGAGAACAAAGUCCAGGAGCUGAUCGGAGACCUGAACGCUCUCUACGAUCAGAUCUCAGGCCAGGUGAAGAGUUUGGAGAAACAGGCUGUCGAAAAAAGCGGUGAAGCCAAAAACGAGAGCAAAAUGGCCGACGGCAUGUUGGAGGACAUCGCCAAGUUGGAGCAGAAACUGCCUCCAUCUUUGAAGGAGGACGUGGACGCCAUGGCGAGCAGGCUGGAUGGGCUGAAGAAGGAGGUGCAGAAGAACAUCUCAGCUCUGGAGGAGCUGCAGGGAGUCGUGCAACAAGACCAGAGCGCUGCUCAGGACCUGCUGGACCAGGGCCGAGCUGCCCAGCAGGACUUCAACAAGCUGCUGGACAGAGUCAACGCUGCCAAGACAGAAACUGAGGACGCCCUGAAGAGCUUCAACAAGAACAACAAGGAACUGGACGACGCCCUCCAGGCCCUGAGAGGCUUCGACCAGCAGAUUGACGACAGCAAAGCUUCAGCAGACGCCGCCAUCAAACGGCUCCCAGGCAUCAACGCCACCGUCCAGCAGGCAGUUAGCAACAAUGCAGAGACGCGCUCUGUUCUGGACAACGCAGCCGAGAAAUACAACAGUGCACUCGGAACCAUCGGCUCCCUGGAGAACCUGGUCAACAACCUGGAGGGGCUGCUGGUCUCGUUGCCACCUCAUGCUGGUUUAGUGGACCAAGCCACCACACUUAACAAAGGGGCUCAGGACCUGAAGACCAGGACUGUGGGGACGGCUGGAGAUCUGGGGUUCAGGCUGGAACAGGCCCAGCAGCUGGAGAAGGACGCUGCGCAGACGGCGGCCGGAGCGGCAGCAGCUUCUGACAGAGCCACGAGGACCAGAGACGCCGUUAGACAAACUCUACAGGACAUCAACAAGCUGCUGGCCAACACUGAUCAGACCGAGGUCCUGGACCAGCAGAAGCUCAAGCAGCUGGAGGACUCUCUGGACAAAGCUCAGAAGGAGGUGGACAAAAACCUGAGGCCUCGUCUCCGGGACAUGGAGGACCAGGAGGCGGCUCAGCGCCGUCAGCUGACCCGGAUCAACCUGGACAUCGACACGAUCCUGGCAGACAUCGCAAACCUAGAGGACAUCCUGAGGACCGUCCCCAAUGGCUGCUUCAACAGUCCACCUAUUGAGGAGGCGUAAGGAGUGGGACCUGCAGACACCCUAACCCUGCAGAGACUCUUUAGACCUGCAGAGACACCCUAAACCUACUGAGACUCUUCAGACCUGCUGAGACGCUUUAGACCUGCUGAGACUGUAGACCUGCUGGGAGUCUUUAGACCUACUCAGAUUCUUUAGACCUGCUGGGUCUCUGUAGACCUGCUGAGACUCUGUAGACCUGCUGGGUCUCUGUAGACCUGCUGGGUCUCUGUAGACCUACUGGGUCUCUGUAAGAACUGGACCUCAGAUUGGUUGUUCUGUUAUGUAAAAGUAUUUAUGCUGGUUUUUGUUGGUUCGGGUCUCUGGGACUGGACAAGUCUAAGAGUUAAAACCAGAAUCUGGACUUGGUUUCUGGUCCAUCUUUUCUGAGCUCAGUGUUGAAGCUCAGUGAUAACCUGCUGUUACUACGGAAACUUCACAAAAAUCAGUUUCUUGUCUUUAUUGUUGGUUUUGUUAAAAUGUUUGAAGUGAAAAACAGAAAUUUUGUGUUCUUUUGUCUGAAAUUUGAAAUAAAAAUAUUUUGUAUUUUUCUUCACUUUAAUCAUAUUUUAAUGUUUAAAAGCUGAAAUCUUCAGGUGUUUGAGAAACUAAAACAGGAGGAAAUAAUUCAAAGUUUGUUGCAGUUAUCGCUGCCUCCACAGUGAGGCGCUGCGCUCCUGAAGAGUCCAACAGCCACUUUCUGACACGUUUAUGUUAAAAACAGUUAUCUCCUGUUUAUAAUCUGUUAAUAAUCAGAUUAUAAUCUCUGAGCUGACAGUAUCUGAUGGUAUAGGGGUGCAGCAGUGCUCAGUAACGUCUCUCCAGGUUUCAGAUCAACGGGCGGAGCAGACAUUCAGCUGCUUUCUUAGAAGAAAUAAGUUGAUUUUGGCAGCAGGGUGUAAAUGUGACAGAAAGAAAAACAGCAGUUUUCAUGUGGAAACAAAGAUUUAUGUUGAUAAAUCCUCACAAAUAAAAUCACAUCGAGAAGCUUACAACCAGACCGUGCAACAAACAAAUCAGAUACAUCCUUCAGCUACAUGUUCAAUAAAUAAAUAAAUAAAUAAAUAAAUAAAUAAAUAAAUAAAUAAAUCUUUUACAACAAGCAGGUGAUGGAGACAGAUCUCCACUGAAGCUGAUUUAUUUCUAUUUAUAGAUUAUAUUUAAUCAACACGUUCACAACAGAGAAGUUCAUGCCAGAACCAAACCUGCAGAAAACAGCAUGCAGCCCAAGAAACAGGAGGAAAACAAAGUGCUUCAUCAUCAUCAUCAUCAUCAUCAUCAUCAUCAUCAUCAUCAUCAUCAUCAUCAUCGAGUCCCUGAAGUCUUUAAAGCUGUCUGAAACGCCAUGACAACUCUGCAGCUUAAAACAUCUAAAACCUGUCAGCUCUGCAACAAACAAACACACAAA